AUGCGCGUCGCCGUACCAGAAGAGGCGCUAUCCGAUAAUGGUGAUCGUUCUACGCGACCUCUGAUGAGAGAACUCAUGGAAAUGAUUUGUCCACGGGUCAGUUUCGGUUGUAUGAGGCCAGCCUUACAGUCGCCGAGGGUAGAAGAAUUGUUAAUGAAAAUGGAUGAGCAACCGAUUUAUACUCGGUACAAAGUUGGCAUCAUGCUAUGUCGAGCUGGACAAAGCACUGAAGAACACAUGUACAACAAUGAACAUUCCUCCGCUGCAUUCGACGAAUUUUUGGAUUUUAUUGGGCAACGUGUACGUCUGAAAGGAUGGGAUCAGUACAAAGGUGGUCUUGACACUCGCGGCGAUACUACUGGUACACAUUCGAUCUAUUGCGAGUAUCAGGCUCACGAACUCUCACGAAAACGUCACAUCGGUAACGAUAUGGUGACAGUAGUGUUUCAAGAGCCAGGAGCAUUACCGUUCUCGCCGAUUGCUGUCCGUAGCCAUUUUCAACAUGUGUUUAUUAUCGUUCGUGUACAUAAUGCCUGUACAGACAACGUAUCAUAU